UGCUGGCCAGAAAGAUAAGGAGCGAACGAGAGCCUGCUCACCUCCACACCAGAUUAUGGUUUCUCGUUAGCCUUGAUGGCUUUCACACUCAGGGAAUUUCCUAACCACCUUUAUUUUUUAACUGUAGGUGAAAACAUAAAGGUGACUGACAAGCUGUACCACUAUAUAGCAGUGGUAAUUGUUGAUAUAAUGCAUUUUCACGUACAGACAAAUAUUACAGUUUUUUACAAUAUUUACAUAUUUAGGUAUUUCUUGCAAUUUUUUUGUAUUUAUUUUUGUUGUAUUAUAAACCCAAGUAAAUCCCACACACCUUCACAAACAGCCUUGGUAUUCUGCCAAAUAUUUUGCAUAUACAGAAUCCUAGAAGCACAUUAACAGGUAUGUUCCUGACAUAUUGUACUUGUUCAGAGCAAUAAAGAAAAGCAUGUCUCAUGCCACCUCAAUGUCAUUAGAUUAUGUGGGUAUACGGUAUAUAAAAUGAUUGUUGAAGACACUGGACGAAACUUGGUCCUUAUGUUGUACUUUAAUCUUUUUGCGUAUCUUGAAAUCCACCCAUGCAAUAUGGUACAACUUGAAAAGGAAAUUCUUUAGUAUGUAUGUUCACAAUCUGGGGUUGUCUGGAGGCAUCUGCUCAUUUGCCUGUACAUCACACUUAAAAUUUUGCAUAUGGUAGAUAUAGGUCAGUGCGAUUACUUUCUCACGUUACUGAUGGUUUUGAAGUCACAGCUUGCUUGUUUAAUGUAAAAUGUUAUAUUUGCAGCAUAUUUUUUGUGGCCACUGACAGACUUAAUUUGCUGUUUUUCAGAGUAUCAUUACUGUUACAUUUGAAGUACCAGGGAGCAUUUCAGAAGAACGUUUAAAUGUGUUUAUUCAGAACCUUCUGUGGGAAAAGAAUGUUAAAGACAAAACAGGCAGCGCAAUGAAUGUGAUACGACUUAAGGGGCUAGUAUCAGUAAAGGAUAAACCACAGCAGAUGAUCAUCCAGGGCGUUCAUGAGCUGUAUGAUCUUGAGGAGACUCGAGUGGCAUGGGAUGCUGGAGAACAAAGAACAAACAGACUGGUAUUUAUAGGCAAACAUCUGGAUAAAGAUGUCCUAGAGCAACUGUUUAUUGCAACGGUGCUAAACCAAGAAGAUAGUGGUUAAAGACAACAUUCCCUGUUGAUUCUCAUUUAAGAUUUUAUUUAGAAUUCCAAUAAAAAAAAAAAAAAACAUACAUAUGUGUUUUCUUCUAUAAAUAUUGCCUUUAUGUAAUACAUUAAACAAAUUCAUUUGAAAUUAUGCGAGAGUUGAAUCAGUAAAGAAAAAGUCAUAGUGUGUCUCUUAGCUGUUCAUUAUAGGUUGUCAAAUGAACUACAGUUUACAGGAAUAAAUAAUACGUCAUCCUUGUAAGCCAUUGUUAACAUCCAUACAGAGCCUCAUGAGUCGCUAACUCUUAACAAAGGUCUGCUAGUGUGAACAAAAACCCCACCCCAUCGCAGUUCCAUAUAAAAUGCCUGGGGCUGUAUAACCACCUCACUAUGUCCAUUACUACCAGUUAAGUACCUUGCUUGUUUUUUUUUUCAUUUAUAACUGAUGUUUCUUUUUAUACUUUAGUUAGUACAAGUUUUGUAAAAUUAAAAUGCUAACAAACAUAAAACAGCGAAUACAGAAAAAAACUUUACAGAACCUGAUGCCUUUUUUUUUUUUUUAAUAUAAAGGCAGUGAAGAAAUUUAAAACCGCACAUUCACAGACCCAGUGUUUGCUAAACUGUCAUCUUAAAUACAAACUGAUGGUAAUCUUAA